UCCGCGGCCUCGCUCCCUGACUUCCGGGUCGCGGUGUUUGCAGGGAGAGUUCCGUCGUUUCCGUUGCCGGCUGUUUGCAGUGGGGAAACCGAGGCAGCUUCUGCUUUCCCUAGUUCUUCCGCUCCUGUGAGGAAAAAAAAAUGUUUGUUUCUUUGUGGGAGUUCUUCUAUGGGCACUUUUUUCGAUUUUGGAUGAAAUGGCUCUUACGACAGAUGACUGGAAAGUGUGAAUUGCAGCGAAUAUUUGAUACCUAUGUAGGUGCACAAAGGACACACAGGAUAGAAAAUUCCUUGACAUACUCCAAGAAUAAGGUUUUACAGAAGGCAACAUGUGUUGUUCAGAAUGAAGUGGACAAAUGUGUAGAAGAUAUUAUGAAGGAAAAGAAUAUUAACCCUGAGAAGGAUACCAGUUUUAAAAUCUGCAUGAAGAUGUGCUUACUGCAGAUAACUGGUUAUAAACAGCUCUUUUUGGAUGUAGAAAGUGUGAGAAAAAGGCCAUAUGAUUCUGACAACCUACAACAUGAAGAGCUACUCAUGAAGCUUUGGAAUCUUCUAAUGCCCACGAAGAAGUUAAAGGCUAGAAUCUCCAAGCAGUGGGCUGAUAUUGGUUUCCAGGGUGAUGAUCCCAAGACAGACUUCAGAGGCAUGGGCAUACUUGGAUUAAUCAAUCUUGUGUAUUUCAGUGAAAAUUACACUAGUGAAGCUCAUCAGAUUCUUUCUCGUUCAAAUCAUCCAAGAUUAGGGUAUUCUUAUGCAAUAGUUGGAAUCAAUCUUACAGAGAUGGCUUAUAGCUUAUUGAAGAGUGAGGCUUUGAAGUUUCAUCUCUAUAACUUUGUUCCUGGUAUACCAACAAUGGAACACUUUCAUCAGUUUUAUUGUUAUCUUGUCUAUGAAUUUGACAAGUUUUGGUUUGAAGAAGAACCAGAAAGCAUUAUGUAUUUCAACUUAUAUAGAGAGAAGUUUCAUGAAAAGAUUAAAGGACUUUUACUGGAUUGUAAUGUAGCACUUACUUUAAAAGUAUAA